GAAAGGACCCAUUUUGAAACAAAUAAGAAUUAUUAAAAACCAGCGUGGUUUACACGCGCUGAGAUAGAGGUAGAGGCUCUCACUCAGUCCCACCUUCACCUUAUCGCCAACCCAAAGCAAACCAAAUUCUUCCUUCUCCUUUCAUGGUUGGCCGUUAGGACCCAACGUCCACCUCAAAAACUAUGGCCGUUUCAUUCAAUUCCGUCCUCGGCUUCUCUUCAACGAAGUUGCGAAGUGAGUACCAGAAUGUCUCAAAAUCGUCUGCUGCUGCAGCUUCAUUGUCAAGGGUGGUCUGCCAAGGAAAGCCCUAUGUCGGUACAUUUUGGUCGAGAAGAUUUGUAAAGGAAAAAGGGAGGGAGUUUUAUGUUUCAGUUGCUGAAGGUGAUCAGCUUACAGCAGAAGGCAGUGAUGGUGGCCCUGGCAACGCGGGAAGAUUGCUCUCCAAUGAUCUGAUUUCAUCAGGUGAUUCCGGUGCCCCUGAGGCUUCCAACACUAGCUCAUCAGCUUCUGUAAAUCAAGAGGAGACAUCAUCAGCAACCAGCCAGCUAGAGAAACCGAAAAGGUCACCCUUGACAGCAAGGGAGAGACUAAGAGCAGCCCGGGUUUUGAAUCGUUACAACAACACUGAAUCAAGGGCAGCUAAAUCUUCAUCAGAUAUGAGCAGCAAAGUAUUAGAUGCCAUUAGAGAAAGUGAUCGUGGGAAGAAAAAGGGACUUCCUGAAGCCCCUGGAAACAUGCUUGAUGACAGUAAACGAGGGAUGCCACCAAAGGGACUCACUUUCCAGUUUCCAGGGGGUAAUGAUUUAUUUGUUAUUAUCUUCUCAUUCGUGUUUAUCAGUACUGUAAUGUUUGCUACCACCUUCAUUGUGUGGAAAGUAGGAGCCAUCCAUUUUAAUGAAUACUAGAAGGUAGAUUAACUGUAGUUUUGAUUGUAUUCCACAGUUUUGAACAGGAAAGCGAAUUCAUAUACAUAUUUUUUUCUGUAUCUUCUUGGUCUUGGGUAUAUCAAUUAGAACUUCAAAACUCUAUAAUUUAGAUCUUGUCUAUACAGUCAAUGUACAAAUAUCUGCUUAUAGUCAAGAUUUGCUGCAUGAUAUGCGUUUGUUCAGCAUGUGUUUAAUGCAGCCGUAACAAAGACGAACUUGGCUUUUGUCUUCCUUGAAUUAAAUUUUCGUUCGGUAUUCAUAUUCAA